AGCAAUGGCGCCACUCUAGCCAAGUCCUCGGCCGGCCCGGUGGCUGCGGACCUCCCCGCAGCGGAUGCGCGCCUCGCCUCAGGCCCCGGCGGGAGCCUAGCGGGGCCCCGGCGGCCGCCGCCGCUUCUCCUCCUCCUCCUCCUCCUGCUGCUGCUGUUGCGGGCGCCCCGCUCCCCUCAGCCCCGCAGCCAUGGCCACCGAGCUGGAGCCGCCGGCGGCUGGCGCCGUGCCGGGCGCGGCGCCGCUGGAGGCGGAGGAGGACGAGGAGCACUGGCUCUACGGCGAUGACACCACUGGUAAGCAAGAAGAUGGACCAAUUUCUGGACACACAGAGUCUUCCCAUCCAUUGCAAGAUGCUCCUCAGGAGAACCGGCCUGUCAGCAAUGAAGACCGAGAGAUCUCACAACAUGCCCUUCCAAGUGGUGAAGAUGAAGAAGAUGACAGCGAUAGUGACAGUGAUGAUGAUGACGUGAAGGUUACUAUUGGCAAUAUUAAAACGGGAGCACCAUCAUACAUGGGAACUCCUAUGAAUCUAAACUUAAAAACGGGUAGAGGCUAUGGAGCAUCUGCUUCAGCCAAGUUGCAGCCCAAAGGUAUUGACUUAGAUGCUGCAGGGAACAUAAAUGGAUUGCCUGUUAUCGAAGUGGAUUUAGAUUCAUUUGAAGACAAACCAUGGAGGAAACCAGGUGCUGAUCUUUCUGAUUACUUUAAUUAUGGAUUCAAUGAAGAAACAUGGAAAGCAUAUUGUGAAAAGCAGCGGCGGCUUCAGCUUGGACUGGAUCCUGCUCCUCCCAUCAGCACUGAAAACAAGAUCACGGUUCAGCAAGGAAGAACAGGAAAUGCUGAAAAAGAAGUGGAAAACAACAUCAUCAAAACAGAAUUCAAAACAGACUUCUUGGCUCUGGUGGGAGGACGCAUGAAGGCUGGGCCUCCUCCUAAUAGGAAGCUGGGUGGGACGAUUGAUGUGAUCGGUGGCCAGGCUGGCACAAUCAGGAGAGUAGAAGGAAGGCGCCGUGAUAAACAUGCCUCUGAGGAAAACCCAAUCCAGGUGCUUGGAGACCACGGGAGUAAGCCACAACCCCCCCAGCAGCCCCAGCAGCCAUCACAGCCCCAACAGCCGCCUCAGCAGCAGCCGUUUGCACCACCAGCAGGCCCACCACCUCCUCCACUGGCUGGGCCACCUCCACCACACUUCCUCCACCCUCCUCCACCAGUUACUUCUGUUCCACCUCCCCUGCAUCCUCCAGGUCUUCCACCACCGGGGCCUAUUCCAGGGUUGUUCCCACCUCCUCUGGCACCACCACCAGCUCUCCUCAUUCCAACCUUGGAUGGCCAGCCAGCCAGCUACAACAACAGGCAGCCACCUCCGUUUGGCUACAACUCUGCAGAUUCAGGUUUCAUCAGCUACCCACCCAUCUCCACAUCCCACACGCCCUGGGUGACAACGGUGGACAAGGGCACAAGCAGUUCCAGCAGCAGCCAUUGGGAAUACUCAGGCUCAAGGCGCGAGAGGGAGCGGGAGCGAGAACGGGAAAGGGAACGGGAACGGGAGAGAGACCGAGACCGCACCCCGACCACGAGUGAAUACAACAACGACGACGAGCGGUACCGCUACUACAGCCGGGAGCGCAGCUACGACUUUGAGCGCGACUACCGCCGGAGCCGAGACCGCAGCAGGGAGCGGGAGGACCGGCACCGGGAGCGCCGGCACCGCGACAAGGACGAGAGCAGCAAGCAUAAGUCCUCGAGACGGAAGCAACACGAGAGCGAGGAGGGCGAGAGUCACCGGCGCCACAAGCACAAAAAGAACAAGCGCAGCAAAGAGGAGAAGGAGACCAGCGAGGACGGUGCCCAGGAGGGAGAGGAGCAGGACACCAAGGAGUGACCCCCAGCCCUCAGGAGGAACGUCUCCUCUGAACCAGCGUGGCACUGGGGAUGUGUUGGGCUGGGGGUUCAUUUUGUAUUCCAUGUUUCCCAAGGGAAGAGGCAGACUCUGGGUGAGCGGAGCCGCCGCUGCUGCAGUGGGUGAGAGCUGCAGCUCAACUCUCUUCUUUUUGUUCUGCUUUUUUGAUACAAAACCAAACCCAGCAGUUCCAGUUAUACAGAGCACUGAGCUACUCCCGACCAGCCCCAGGGAGGACUGUGGUGUAUCAGAUCCUAUGGUUUCUGAUGGAAGACGGCCUCAGCUGAAACUAAUGCGUUUAGGUCAUAGUGGUUCUUUUGUCAUCAUCAUCAUCAUUCCUUUUGAAGAAUAGGGCAGUGAGUGCGACUUGAACUUUAUUGUCCAAAGAAGAGUGCGCCCUAGAUCCCGAGAGCCAGCUUAGAGCCUGGCUUCGAGUAGUGCAGAGUCCCACCCCCAAAUAAAUCUCUUUAUAGCUACGAAA